UCCGCCUGACCUCCCCUGCAGCCGCCUGGAACCCGCGUUGCACUUCCGGCCAAGAAAAAACGCCUGCCCGCGGCAGCCAAGUACAAUAACAUUCCCAUCAAAAUUUCGGGGAGCCAACCUCUUGAUCCUGCACCGCACCCUCCUCUUCCGGGCCGACCUGUGGUCAAUUGCGCUUCCCCUUUUUAUCCUAGCUCGUCGUCCGGCUUUGGAACUCACCUUUCGCCCGGUUUCCGUUCCUCGCCCCGAUCAAACCCCAACCGAUACCGGACAAGAUGGGAUACCUCGACGAUGAAGUCAAGCGCCUCCAAGGCAUUAUCGCCAACCUCGAAGGCCGGGUACAAGCCCUGGAGACCAGGCAAUUUGGCGGAAGCCAGAAGAAGACGGCCGAGGAGAUCCGCAUGAUUCUUAUCGGCCCUCCCGGUGCUGGCAAGGGGACACAAGCGCCCAAGAUCAAGGAGAAGUUCAACUGCUGUCAUCUGGCCACCGGAGAUAUGUUGCGGUCCCAGGUCGCCAAGAAGACGCCUCUCGGCCGGGAAGCCAAGAAGAUCAUGGAUGCGGGCGGCCUGGUCAGCGAUGACAUCGUCAUCGGCAUGAUCAAGGAGGAGCUGGACAACAACAAGGAGUGUAAGGGCGGCUUCAUUCUCGACGGCUUCCCCCGCACUGUCCCGCAGGCGGAGGGUCUCGACAAGAUGCUGCGUGAGCGCAACCAGUCGCUUCAACACGCCGUGGAGCUCAAGAUCGACGACGAGUUGCUCGUCUCGCGCAUCACUGGUCGCCUGAUCCACCCCGCCAGCGGACGCAGCUACCACACCUCCUUCAACCCGCCCAAGGUGCCCAUGACGGACGAUAUCACCGGCGAGCCGCUGAUUCAGCGCAGCGACGACAAUGCCGAUGCCCUCAAGAAGCGCCUGGCCACCUACCACAAGCAGACCACACCCGUCGUCGACUACUACAAGAAGACGGGAAUCUGGAAGGUCAUUGACGCCGCCCAGCCCCCCAAUCAGGUUUGGAAGAGCCUGCUGGAUAUCUUUGAGGGCGACAAGGCCAAGGCGGGCAGCGCCGGCAGCGGCAUUCUGAGCAAGCUCGCGCCCAGCUCGUAGAUGGGCGGCGCGGGCGUGGACAGAGUUGGACAGGAGAGCGGGACCGAGACCGAAAGGAGACCCGGUGUUCUGAAGGCGUGGGAAAUCGACAUGCUGCUAUAGUUUGGCCGCGGUUGAUGAUGAAAGCGGCCCGGUUCACGGCCGCCCUCCCUUAAAGCCGAAGACGGGGGGUCCUUUCCAGGCAUCGCAAACUCGCGUCGCUGCCAACCCACAUCCGAUCGACGGACCUCUUCGACAUGCCAUUGGCAGGACUUACGAAAACUCGGCGUAUACCCAACGUCAGGCCGGCGGGUCCC